GUCGAUUCCUGCUCUAAAAGAGGAAGUGGCCAAGUGAACGCACAUUUUUGCAGUCUUAACAUAUUACCGAGACGCCCUACUGGCAUUAAAGGGGACCAUAAAGAGCAUCAACGUGCUUGAGCACGUUCGACACAGACAACAAUAUACAACUUUGAUGUGCACAUUGGCACGCUCCUAAAAAAAAUUUGACAAACGGUUGCGUCAAAGUAGUUGCGAGCGGCCAGCCCUGGAAGCAUGUUUACGUGCGACAAGCUAGCCCACAGCCAACGAAAAAUGAUGCCUUCACCCUUCUCGAAAAGCUAGUGAGUUAGCCGCUGCAACGUUCGCAUUUUGCUAAGCAAACUGUCAACAUUAUUUGACGAUUUAACGCUAAGAAGCCUUGCACAUGUUUCCAGGGUCGGGGGUCGGGGGACUAUAGCCCUAUAGAAGCGUCGAUGGAAUGGAACGAUAACAUUAGCAUGUAUUUACUCAGCAAUUCCAAAGCUGAGGUUGAAAUAAGUAAAUGUUGGACAUUAUAGGCAAAGUCAAAAAGAGUGUUUUGGUUAUGGAGUCGCGAAAGAGAGCUCGCAGACCAUGACGAACCCUCUGCUCGCUUGUAUUAGCCAGCAACACUUUAGCUAAUGCUAUCCGCAGUUUUUGGCUAGCUCGCUAACAUAAAGUUGGCCAAUCCUCGUCUUUAAUCCGAGACUAACUGAGCCGAAGAGCACAUCCCAGACAGACUAACAUGGUGCUACAAGCUAACAUGGGGCGCCGGAUUCCCAGCUUUGAAGCUUCAGAGGAGGCAUCACUGCGUGCCCUGGAGAGCCUGAUGACAGAGUUCUUUCACAGCUGUACAACCAAUGAAAGGCAGAGAGAAAUAGAAGAGUUGCUGAAUAACUUUGCACAGCAGACUGGAGCGUGGCGCCACUGCUUGUUCUUCCUGUCCAAUACUCGGAAUGAGUAUGUGAUGAUGUACAGUCUCACGAACCUGGUCAACAAGAUGUGGAUUGGCGUUGCGUCGCAGGACAAAAUGGAGAUUCGUAACUGUUUGCCCAAACUCCUACUUGAACAGCACAAAUCUGUGCCAUAUUUCAUCCGUAACAAACUCUGUAAAGUCAUUGUGGACAUUGGUCGCCAAGACUGGCCGAUGUUCUAUCACGAUUUCUUCACAAACACGCUUCAGUUGGUCCAGUCCCCAGCUUUGGCACCUUUAGGCUUAGUAAUGCUGAAAACCACAUCGGAGGAACUUGCAUGUCCUCGAGAAGACUUGAGUGUUGCCAGGAAAGACGAGCUGCGUAAACUGCUGCUGGAUCAGGUACCGAUGGUGCUUGGACUUUUGACCGGCAUCUUGGAGACUUACUGGGACAAGCACAGCGUCAUUGCUUCUACCCCGCCACCCUCACCCACAUCUGGAGAAAGUAUGGAACUUCUGGGCACAUUAUUUCAAGGCAGCCAGUUCUCUAAGCUUCUCUGCCAGCCCAUGGCAGCACUGGACAACGAGAGUCAGCAGCUGUGCUGUCUCGUUCUGGAGUGUUUAGCUCACCUGUUCAGCUGGAUCCCUCUGUCCACGAGCAUCACACCAACCCUGCUGGCUUCAAUCUUCCACUUUGCACGUUUUGGCUGCGAUCUUCGGACAAAAGCCAAGUCGGUGUCAUUAAUCUCCUCCACCUCUUCUUCCAAUGGGCAGCUCAAUGCCGGAACAAUACCGCCCAUGUCAAACGGAGGAGGGCGACAAAUUGAGGGCAGCAAAGUGGAUCGGUCUCGCCUUGGCGUUCUCGCCAUGACCUGUGUUAAUGAACUGGUGUCAAAGAACUGCGUGCCGGUGGAUUUUGAGGAGUACCUGCUGCGUAUGUUCCAGCAGACCUUCUUUCUUCUGCAGAGGCUCACUCGCGAAAAUAAUGCUCAUACGGUCAAGAGUCGCCUCCAGGAACUUGAUGAGAGUUAUUUGGAGAAGUUCACAGAUUUCCUCUGCCUAUUUGUCAGUGUCCACUUGAGGAGGAUCGAGUCCAGUCCUCGGUUUCCAAUUGUAGAGUUUCUUGCUUUGCUUUUCAAGUACACCUUCAACCAGCCAACUCAUGAGGGCUACUUUGCCUGUUUGGAUAUAUGGAGUGUGUUUUUGGAUUUUCUUACAACAAAAAUCAAAAGCAGACUAGCCGACCGAGAAAGUGUCCUCAACAGGUACAAAGAUGCCUUAGUCCUUUUGUUGAGAGAAGUUCUGAAUCGCAUCCAGUUCCGAUACAAUCAAGCUCAAUUGGAAGAGCUGGAUGAUGACACCCUGGAUGAUGAUCAACAGACCGAAUGGCAGAAGUACCUGCGUCAGAGUCUAGAGGUUGUUGCUAAGGUGAUGGAGCUGCUCCCUUCCCAUGCAUUCUCUGCUUUGUUUCCCAUUCUUCAAGAAAACCUGGACGUGUACCUAGGGCUGCAGCAGUUUAUCGUCACCACUGGCACAAACCGGAGACUAAACAUCACUGCUGAGAAUGACUGCCGUCGACUUCACUGUUCUCUCAGGGACCUAAGUUCUCUUCUCCAAGCGGUCGGACGCUUGGCCGAACAUUUCAUCGGGGAGAUUUUUGCUACGCGUUUCACUGAUGCCCUUGCAGUGGUUGAGAGGCUUGUUGAAGUGACUUGCUACGGCUCUCAGACCAGCUUGUACGACCUGGAGACCGUUGUGCCUUCUGUACUCAAACCAGACCUCAUAGAUGUACAUGCUCAGGCCCUUGCCGCUUUGCAAGCCUACUCGCAUUGGCUCGCACAGUUCUACAGUGAGGUUCACAGUCAAAACCAGAGCCAGUUUGUCAACCUCAUCACAUCUGCAAUAAAUGCCAGUAGCCCCCUCAUCACUGCAAAGGUACCAGAAAAGUUACUGCUGUCUGCGUGUCAUUUGAUGAUCUCCAUAACCUCCACGGUGCGACCUGUGUUCUUGGUGACUUUGCCAGCUGUACAAAACGUCUUCAACCUCAUUACUGCUGAAAAUCAGACUCGCAGGCUCCCCCCAGAGGCACACUUGCUAGUGUGUCGGGCUUUAUCCAACAUGCUUCUGCUCCCAUGGCCAAAUUUACCAGAGAAUGAGCAGCAGUGGCAAACCCGCUCCAGCAACCAUGCCAACCUGUUGGCGGCCCUCACUCGGCAAUAUCGUAUGUUAAGAGAGACCGUGAACGUGACUCCACGACGACCUGAAAUGCAUGACUUGAAAGCAGUGAUACAGCAGACCUUGCCUGUGCUCAGAGAUAUUGUGGACAGCAUCUCUGGGGAAUCCACUAAAUCCCGUCAGAUCUGUUAUCAGAGUCUGCAGGAGUCGGUCCAAGUGUCCCUCAGCCUUUUCCCAGUGUUUAUUCAGCAGCCAGAUGUGACGGAUGAGAUGCUGGCCUUCUUCUUGACGCUGUUGCAGGCGUUGCGAGUCCAGAUGGGCGUUGCCUUCACGGGACAGAUCAUCCACACAUUCCUCAGCUUGUUCACCAGGGAACAGUUGACCAUCAGUAUUUUGCAGGAGGGCAGUGCAGGCUGUCGAGUGGUACAAAAGUUCUUAAAAAUCCUGCAGGUGGUAGUGCAGGAACCUGGUCAGGCUUUCAAACCGUUCCUUCCCAACAUCCUCUCUCUGUGCAUGGAGCAGGUCUACCCUGUGGUGGCAGAGCGGUCUUCUCCUGAUGUCAAAGCGGAGAUGUUUGAGUUGCUGUACCAAAUACUUCACCAAAACUGGAGGUACUUCUUUAAAACAUCCAUUUUAACAAGUGUCCAAAGAGGAGCUCCAGAAGAUGCUAUGGAAAACGAGGCCCAGUUCACGGCUGCAAUGCAGGCGUUUGGACAGUCUUUCCUGCAGCCCGACAUCCACAUCUUCAAGCAGAAUCUGUCAUACUUGGAGUCCCUCAACAGCAAGCACAAGUUGUAUCACAGAAAGCUUUUUCGGACCUCCAUGCUCUUCCACUUCAUCAACGUGCUGCUGCAGGUCCUUCUCCACAAAAGUCACGAUCUUCUCCAAGAGGAAAUUACCCUGGCCAUUUACAACAUGGCCUCGGUCGACUUCGACGCCUUCUACUCUGCCUUCAUGCCAGAGUUCCUCAAUGGCUGCCAGGGUGUGGACACCAACCAACGCGCUGUCCUUGCACGCAACUUCAAGCUAGAACGGGACCUUCCUUCAUUCACUCAAAGUGUGCAGCGGCUGGUGAACGACCUUCGCUACUACAGACUGUGUAAUAGCAGCCUGCCCACUGGCACUAUUAAGCUUUAGCGUGACUGAACCACUUGACAGCUCGACCAGGACGUCCAAGGACCACCUGCGCUGACCACUUAACUCAACACUCCAAAUUCAAGCUUUGGAUCGUGAGUUCAAGGCUUUCGGAAAGUUGAGGAUGCUGCUGUCUCUUUGAUUUCUACUGUAGACAUUUGGCACAUUGUUGUUGUUUUUAAACUAGUGCCCACCGUAUUUGUCGCCAAUUGGCAGGAACUGUAUAUCUGGUCUGCAGACCCGGACCAGUCUGAGCCAGGCCUUCUUUUCCACGCCUCGGCCACAAAGCCGAGCUGGGACUGAGCACUUUCAACUCAUUUUGAGUUUUUGAAAAAUGUCUGCUUUUAUCCAUUUUUUGCCUUCAGGUUUUUUCAUCUCCAAAGGAGACAGACUCAACUUAAGAUCUUUCAUAUCAUUCCAUUAUGAAAAGGAGAAAACUUGCUUCAUUUAAUAAAUUGUUUUUUAGUAAAAGUUCAA